CUAGGGUGUGUCAGAGAGGGAUCACUUCUCUUCCACUCUGGUCUGUCUCUGUCUCUGCUUGCUGUCUGCAGACUGGGUUGAUCAGGAGCAUCUCCCUGCUUGUUACUUCUCAGAAAUAGCACUCCGGAAAAAGCAUCCAGAAGCAAAAUGCCUGCAAGAGGAACCAUCAAAGAUUUCAAUGGAUUCAAUGCCAAUAAUGAUGCAGAGGCUCUCCGCAAAGCUAUGAAGGGAUUAGGUACUGAUGAAGACACGAUUAUGAAGAUUCUCACAGCAAGAAGCAAUGCUCAGCGUCAGCAAAUUGGCGCUUCAUUUAAGACCUCUUUUGGCAGGGAUCUUGUUGAUGACCUGAAAUCAGAACUUACUGGGAAACUUGAGAAGGUGAUAGUUGCACUAAUGAUGCCAGCCAAACUGUAUGAUGCAUAUGAACUUAGACAUGCUAUCAAGGGUGCUGGCACUGAUGAGAAUGUGCUCAUUGAAAUUCUUGCCUCACGAACCCCAGCUGAAAUCAAUCACCUCAAAAAAGUCUACAAAGAAGAGUAUGAGUGCGAGCUGGAAGACAGCAUCACUGGAGAUACAGCUGGUUUCUUUCAGAGAAUGUUGGUGGUUCUUGUCCAGGCAAACAGGGACCCGGACUCCAAAGUGAAUGAUGCUCUGGCUGAUCAGGAUGCCCAGGAUUUAUUUAAAGCUGGUGAGCUUAAGUGGGGUACAGAUGAAGAAAAGUUCAUCACAAUAUUGGGCACACGCAGCAAUGCCCACCUAAGGAAAGUGUUUGAUAAAUACAUGACCAUCUCUGGAUAUCAGAUUGAAGAAAGCAUUGGGCGAGAGACAUCUAGUCACUUUCAAAAGAUUCUUCUUGCCAUAGUGAAGAGUGUCCGAAGCGUUCCUGGCUAUUUUGCAGAAACUCUCCAUCAAGCAAUGAAGGGAGCUGGCACUGAUGAUUGCACCCUGAUUAGAGUUAUGGUUUCCAGGAGUGAAAUUGAUUUGCUUGACAUUAGGAAGGAGUUCCGUAAGAAUUUUGGGAAAUCUCUUCUCCAGGCAAUUAAGGGUGACACAUCUGGAGACUACAGAAAUACCCUCCUCCUUGUAUGUGCUGGGGAUGAUGAGUAAUGUUACUGUUCCCAAGAAUGCAACCAUGUAUAAAGGCUGAAUAUUAUACUAGAACAGUUACUAUAUCUAUUUGCUAAGUGUAUUGCGCCCCCCCCCCCCAUACUGUCCUAUAACAUCUGUGUUACAGCAUUCAAAUAGCAACACGUUAGCCCCUGUAUUAGGAUCCUUUUAUACAAAGCAGAUUUCUGCCUGUAAUGAGCGCCACUGACAAUACAGCAAGUUGAUCGAUCCUUGUUUAAGGACCUUUUACACAGGCAGACAAUUGCCCAAACGAAUGGCUGCAUGAAGGAUUGUUCACUACUUACAAUUGCUCUUUUUUUUCUAUUAUUCUCAACGACAAAUUAGCGUUUGUCAGCAUUUGUCAUCUGAUUGGCCAGAUGUUUACAUGGAGCAAUGAUCGAGAAUGAACAUUCAUAGGAAAGUUUCUUCGCAUGUUCAUCAGCCUAUGUAAAAGACCAUUUACAUCUGCAAUAUCCAGACCCAUGGUCGUUAUACUGAACCAAUAGAACCAUAGGGGGGGAUUCUGAGUGUUGUGGAUGCUAAAAUGUGCCCAUAUCAUGGCUGUGUGAAACUAGCCUGACGUGUAGUCUGGGGCAAUAUUCCAGGUGCUAAUAUACAUUCCAUUGAAGGCAGACUUUAAUAUUUAUAUGUAACUGCUAUUCUACUACUUUUCAAUAAAAUUUGCAUUAAAGCCAGUAGCUGCAAUUUCCAGUCACCCGAGACCGUUCCAUUUCAGAUAUCAGAUGCGUAUUUCACUCUACCGAAUUCUUUUCUGUGGAUUUUUUUUUUUUUACUCACUUUCUGAGCUGCUUUUCACAGUAUUAGAUCUUCAACAUAGUGAUAGGUGUUGCACUUGACAGAGUCCGGCCUUAUAUGUUCAGGUACAUGACAUAAUGUAAAGCAUGCUUUCCUUUAUAAGAAAUAAAUCUCCUAAUAUCACAAUGU